AUGACCACGACGCACCUGAGCUCCCCGGCGCCCAACCGGAGCAGCCCCUCCACCGCCGGCUACGAGGGGACCGACGCCUCGGAGGUGGACAGGCAGAUCCGACUGCUGCUUUUCGGCUUGUGCGUAACCAUCGCCGCCGCCACCUUCACCGGUGGCGCGUACUCGCUGCUGUCGCUCCUGCGGAUGCGGAGGAAGUCGUCCCUGUGUCUCAUCGUGGCUUCCAUGUCCGUGGACGACCUGCUCAGCGUGGUGCCCCUCUCCCUGUUCAUCCUCCUCCAGUGGGAGACGGAUGGAAGUCGAGGGUCGAGCAGCCUGUGCACUUUGUCCGGACUUCUCUACGUGUUCCAGGGUGUUUCCAGCAAUAUGAAGGCUUGCCUGAUAGCAGCCUACACUUUCUAUGUCACCAAGAGGUUCGGGGUGCUCCAGUCCGUGCGCCGGCCUGUGAGAGUGAUGUGGGCUAUCGCCGGCGUCUGGGCUGUCAGCCUGGCCGUCAGUGUGUUGCCUCUGUGCGGAUGGGGCAGCUUUACUCCGGCUUCUCUCGGUUGCUUCCCUGAGAGCGACAGUUUUUACAUCCUGCUCCUCUUCUCUUUAUAUUCUGUGUGUUUCUGCGGCUUGCUGUUCUUCUUCAUCCCCCUCACCUACCAGCUGCUGUGCUCCAGAGAGCCCCAGAGGACUUUGCUGUACCCGAGCUAUUUGGAGAUGUCGAGGGGACUGAGUGGUUCUGUCCCCCUCUGUGACCUCCAGUCUUUCUCCCGGGAGAGCCUGGACAAAAGUUUCGGUGCCUACAACGAGCUGAGCCCCAGUUCGUGCGUAACAGAGCUGAGGGAGAGGGAGGACAGCCUCAUGUCCCCGGUGUCCCUAAACGGACAGAGGACACCAGCUGUCGGGGACACACCAGUGGUGUUCGCGCAAAAGCGCUUCUCCAUGAUCCUGGCGGUGGUCCGAGUUGUUUUGUGGAUGCCAAUGAUGACCUUGGUCCUGGUGCGCCACGCGCUGAAUGCACACAGCUCAUCCCUGGAGACUCUCAGCUUCUUUCUCACUCUACUCGCCCCUGCGGUCACUCCGUUAUUCAUGCUGUCUGAGCGCUGGAUCCACAUGCCAUGCGGUUGCUUCAUUAACUGCCAGCGAGAUCCAACACAGGAGGCCUCAGUGAUGAAAAGAAGAUUUGAGUUCAAUCUUUCCCUGCAGCAAGGCUACGGCGUGUACAAGUUGUCCCAUGCCACCUUGUCUCCUAACAGUCUUCCCAUCGAGACGCCUGCCUAUCACAGCCUCUUCAACUGUGACUUCCCCAAUGCCCGUCUCGAUGCACUCGAAUGUGGCGGGCUCUCCAGCCUGGCGCCUGACUUUGAUUUCAGCACCACAUGCCAGGUGGACAGCUCCUCUAACACAGACCUUCUGUUGGAGGCAGUAGCCGGAGGAGGGGAGGGGCUCGCUGAUUGUCCUCCACUUCCCUACCAGAGCCACGGGGAUGACGAGGACUUCCGCUGCGUCCCUCUGGUGCCCUCUCAUCACCGGGAGCAGGAGCGCAAUCUCACUGACACGUCGUCCGUGUUCGAGGGGACGGAGAGGAGGCUGUCGCACGAGGAGUGUCGCAAAAUCGAGCUGACAGACUGGGAGUGGUGCAGGAGUAAAUCAGAGAGAACGCCCAGACAGCGGUCAUCGGGUGGUCUGUCUGUCCCCUUGUGCGCCUUCCAGGGCACCGUCUCUCUCCAAUCAUCGACAGGAAAGACCCUCUCUCUCUCCACCUAUGAGGUCAGCAGUGAUGGACUCAGGAUAUCCCCAAACAACGCCAAGAAGGUGGAAGUGUAUCGCUCCAAAUCAGUUGGCCACGAGCCCAGUGCAGAUGACCCAGCCGCAGGAAGCCAGACCAGGGACAUGAAUGUCAGCAACGUGGAGAUGGGCAUGGAGAUAGGAAUGGGAAUGGGGAUCGGGGCAGUGGUGGGGGACACAAAUGUCAAGAUCCACCUGGAGGUCCUGGAGAUUUGUGACAACGAGGAGGCCAUGGACAGCGUCUCCAUCAUCUCCAACAUAAGCCAGUCCUCCACGCACGCUCGCUCGCCCUCGUUGCGCUACUCGCGACGGGAGAACCGCUUCGUCUCCUGCGACCUGGGCGAGACGGCGUCCUACUCGCUGCUCAUCCCCAACAGCGGCAACCCCGAGACAGACACCAUCAACAUCACUAUACCUGACACUGUAGAGGCGCAUCGCCAGAACAGUCGGCGACAGACGCAGGAGAGCUCUGGGUAUACAGAGGAGAUUCAGCUGCUCAAUGAGGCCUACAGAAAGCAAUCUGGGGAGGAGGAAGAGUGA